AGAUCGGAGAACGGUAACCGAACGGGUAACGGUAACGGGAAUAUCUAGGAAUUCUCACUACUCAGAGAGAGUGCUAAGCUAACGGUAAACAGCAGGCAGCGCGACCUGCUGCCGCUCUCUCCCGACAGUGGAUACGUUGUUUUUUUUCCAGUUCUCUUUUUAUCCGCAAAUUCCGACAGUGUGGGAGUGGAGUGUGUGCAGUGAGUGUGUAGUGUAGCCAAACAGACGCCAGAGGGCGCUACCCUGACCAGUAACGGUACUACUGAGAGCGAGCGAGAAAAGAGAGAGAGAGAAGGAGAGAGUGCAAAUACUUGCGUGUCAUGUGUGAAAUUCCGAUUCCUGAUUAGUGUUUCGGGCGAUGGUCGAUAGUCGUGCGUGAGUGAGUGUUAGCAAGUAAGAGCAAAAUAGAGAGAGAGAGAGAGUGCGAGAGUGCAACGGAGUAUUUAGAAGCUUCUCCAACGAUCGAUCGAACGGACGGGACCGGAAUUCCUACAAUUUGCGUUUUCUCAAUGUCAAACCGAGCGGCGUUCGAGCGUUUUCUGCCAUAAAUCAGCCGCCGAUUAAUCGCUUGGUAGCUCCUCCGUGUGUCUGUGUGUGCUGUGUGUUAUCGAUGACAAAAUGGUAAUCGGCGAGAGGAUUGCGGCAAAGGAUUCGGUGGGGGCGUAAACAAUCCGAUCGCAACCGCCGGACGACGCUGUGGCCCCCACGCAUGCAGCCAGUGGCGCCGCGGGGGCCCGCUGCACAUUGUGGUGCACAUCGGUGGUGCGGUGGUGCACUGUGCUUUGCCUGCUCUCCACACUAACGCUUCUCCAGCCAACAGCAGAAGCAGCAGCUUCAGCCCCAGCCCAAGCCCUCGCGGUGCCAAUGCAGCAGAGGCGGCACGGCCACGUGCAGCAGCAGCAGCAGCAGCAGCAGAGUGUUGCAUACUUGUGGGCGUCCAGAGUGCAACAACAUCCUCCUCCCCAGCAGUGGAGAGGGGAGCAGCAGCUGCAGCAGCAGAAGGAGGAGAGCGGCAACAAGUGUCUGACAUGCCCCCCUUCGACAGGGCAUUCGAUAUUGAAGAAUCCGUUUCCGUAUCCAUUCGAACCGAAUGCUGGAAGAGGCGCCGCCGAAAGUGUUGUAAAUAGUAGUGUUGGAGAACGAGUGUUGGAGAACGUUCAAGUUUUUUACAGUGUAAAUAGUGCAAAUAAUAAUACGCGUAAGUUAAAUUUAAUUCUGGGCAAACUCUUGCCCCAAACGAAGGAGAAGAAGCAGAAGGAGCAGCCGCGGCAGGAGGAGGUGGAACAUCUUGUUGUUGGCACAAAUUUGCAAAAUAAAUUACCAGCAUCGAGUGCGGAUUGCCACUUAAGUCCCCAUACGCGUACUCGCACUCGUACUCGUACUCGUAGUUGUUGUCGUAGUCGUUGCCGUUGCCGUGCCCCUUGUGCCCCCUGUGCCACAGCCAUAGUCCAUUCUCCUCCCUUGGCCUGUUCCUGGCAUCAUCAUCAUCAUCAUCUGAAGCAGCAGCAGCAGCAACAACAGCAUCUGCAUCUGCAUCAUCGUUGUCGUUGUCGUUGCCGUUGUUGUCUCUGUCGCUGGUGCCGUUGUCGUCGCGACGCGUUGCACUCGACUGGCGGUGGUGUCGCCUCCGCGUCUGCAUCCCGCGUAUCGCCCGCGUCGUCUAUGCUCUUGCCAUAUCAAAUUAAUCAACGUGCUACAUUGUUGCAGCAGCAACAGCAACAGCAACAGCAACAGAAAGCAGCAUCAUCAACAACAUUGCCAUCACAUGUGCCCGGGCCCGGGGCAGCAACAACUCCUCUGCAGCAGCAGCAUCACCAUCAGCAUCGUAUUUUUAAACGUGAUACAAUCCAAACAGCGACCACUGCAUCACCUUUGACACCGCAGAAAGAGCAACACCAUCGGCAACAACUGCAACGUCUGCUUGCAACUGCAGCCUCCAGCACAACCACCGCUGCCACAUCUCGGCUCGAAUUCAUACUUUACACAGAAGUUUACGAAGAGGACUCGAUCGCCAUUGCCCCAGGCAAUUCCGAGUCAGAUUCAAUUCUGAUUCAAUUUCAAUUCAAAGUCGAAGCAGGAGGGGGAGCAGCAGCAGCUGUUGGACAGCGAUACCUUUUGGCAGAAAUACGGUGA